CUUCCAAGUGACUUGCGUUGGCAUUACAGGUCGAAGUUUCGGAGUGCAAGAGAAAGUGGGAGCGAAGUGAUCUAUCUCUUUCACGUGAUUUAAAAAAUAUAUAUAUAUUUUUCCGUUUCUAUAGAAAACGCAUUAAGGAAUCAUUUUUAUGUUGAUGAAGUCCCACCGAGUGUGGGACGUAGAAAAUAAUUGUCUUUUAUAGAGAGUGUAAAGAGGUGCACCCAACCAUUACUUCAGUGGCCAGACGUGAAGGACCUUGAUUUUCCUUUCCCCAGCAUUUGCAGCCUGUGCUAGGUUGGUGGAAAAUGGGCACGCGGAUCCACUCGGUCUCUGGACUUAUCGUCUCGUUGAUAUUUACAUGUCAUCUGAUAAAUGUGGCUCAGAGCUCCAAGGUGUGGGGAGAGGUCCCGCUGCCUGAGGACCUGGACUCCGAGAGGACUGUCGUCCAAAGGUCUCAGCGGUUCUUAGACGAUGACGAGGACUUCACUGCGGACGAAGCAUCGGGAGAUCUGCCCAGUGGAGAGGAGGAUGGAAGCACACCGGAACCCACAGUGGUGACUGAGAUCAGCACAACGUACUACAGAGCUCUGGUGAACUUCACAGACUCCAUUGUGUACAGGCCUGACAUGGAGGACAUUUCCUCACUGUCUUUCCAGGAGAUCUCUGACGCGGUGGUGGACACGUUGGAGUCGGAGUACAACAGGUUCCCAGGCAUCCAGACUGUCAAUGUGGUCCUCAUCAAGAAGAUGCUGAGGCAGGAUGGGGUGGAUGUGUUUGUAGAGCUUGACGUGGGCUCUGACUACAACAACAACGACAAUCAGAUCCGCAACGUGCUCUAUGGAGUGGUGAAGGAGGGAACCAUCGCCUCCUACAUCACCUCUGUCCAGGGCUUCCAGUUCAGACGCCUGGGAGAAGCUCUGCCCCCUGUGAACCCCAUGGCUGUGCCAGUGGUCCCAGACCUUCGGCCGUGCAUUAAGGGUGAGCACACGUGUCGGGAUGGGGAGUGCAUCCCUCUGGAGUACCUGUGUGACAACAGACCUGAUUGCAAUGACAUGAGUGAUGAGCUGGAUUGUGAUAAGAUCCGUCCUGGUGCAGUUACCCCCACUCCUCCCACCACCAUCCCCAUCAAGAAGCCUCCACGCCCCCCUGGUCCCCCAGGGCCCUGCAAAGUGGACCAGGCCACCUGUCAGAAUGGGGAGUGUGUCCCCAGAGACUACCUCUGUGACGGAGAGAGAGACUGCUCUGAUGGCAGCGACGAGUUCAGAUGCGGCACUCCCUCUCCCUGUGAACCAAAUGAGUUCAAAUGUAAGAACGGCCGCUGUGCUCUCAAGCUGUGGCGCUGUGAUGGAGACAACGACUGCGACGACAACUCAGACGAGACAGACUGCCCCACCAGAGGUCCAGGUGACACGUGUGCCCCAGAGCAGUUUGUGUGCCUCAGUGACCGCACCUGCAUCCCAUCCAGCUAUCAGUGUGAUGAAGAGACAGACUGCCCAGACCGCUCUGAUGAGUAUGGCUGCACUCCUCCCAUGGUGACCAGUCCCCCAGAGGAGUCCAUUCAGGCAGUGCGGGGGGAGACGGUGACCUUUAACUGUGUGGCAGUGGGUGUUCCUACCCCCAUCAUCACCUGGAGGCUCAACUGGGGCCAUAUCCCCAUCAGUGGCAGGAUCUCAAUGACCAGUGAGAAUGGGGGUGGCACCCUGACCAUCCGUGACGUAAAGGAGGCGGACCAGGGGGCGUACACCUGUGAGGCCAUCAACGCCAAGGGCCUUGUGUUUGGUAUCCCUGACGGGGUGCUCAGCCUCACACAGAAACCAGGAAACUGUCCAGACGGUCACUUCAGUGUGGAGGGACAUUGUAUCUCCUGCUUCUGCUUCGGCAUCACCAAGAACUGUGGAACCACCGGCCGCUACCGCAACCAGAUCAACCUGCGCUUCACUGACGAGGACGACUUCAAAGGAGUGAACGUGACGUACCCCUCUAGACCAGGCACCCCUCCUCUCUCCUCCACUCAGCUCAUCAUAAACCCUGAGGAGGAGGAGUUCCAGCUGGUCGACCUAUCACGACGCUUUCUCAUCCUGGACUCCUAUUGGACGCUUCCCCGCCAGUUUCUGGGCAACAAGAUUGACUCUUAUGGAGGCUUACUGAAGUACAAGGUGCGUUACACGCUGGCCCGCGGGGAGACUGAGCCUGAGGAGAAACCAGAUGUGAUUCUGACCGGGAAUGGUCAGAGAUUGGUCUACCGCAGGGGCAACCCCACCCCCUCCAGGGUGGUCAACAAGAAGGAGAUCAAAUUCACUGAGGAGAACUGGCAGCACUCGUCGGGACGCCAGGUGUCCCGUGAGGACCUGAUGAUGACCCUGGCUAGCCUGGAGGCCAUCAGCAUCCGCACCGUCUACGACAACCACAUGGUGAGCGUGGCGCUCAGCGACAUCGUCAUGGACACCACCACCGUGGAGUACAACAUCCAGGGCAAUGCCAAGGAUGUGGAGGAGUGCAGGUGUCCCCCUGGCUACUCAGGACUGUCCUGUGAACAGUGCUCCACUGGCUUUGAGCGUGUGUCUGGAGGGAACUUCCUGGGAUCCUGUGCUGGAUGUAACUGUAAUGGACACGCCAGCGCCUGUGACCCCAUCAGUGGACACUGUCUGAGCUGCCAGCACAACACUGAAGGUCCUCAGUGUGACAAGUGCAGACCAGGCUACUUCGGUGACCCCAGACAAGGUCGCCCCGAUGACUGCAAGCCCUGUCCCUGCCCAUACACCGAGACGUCCCGCCGGUUCUCCGACACCUGCUUCCUGGACCAUGACUCCCAGGCUACGUGCGAUGCCUGCAAACCAGGCUACACCGGCCGCCGCUGUGAAAAGUGUGCACCUGGGUACCAGGGUAACCCACUACAGCCUAAUGGCAAAUGUUUUCCAAACACAAACUCAAAGUGUGAUAGCAGAGGAACAGUGAACUCCAACAGCAGACCAUGCGCCUGCAAGUCCAAUGUGGUGGGGUCGCAGUGUGACGAGUGUAAGAGCGGCGCCUUCCACCUGACAGAGGAGAACCCAGAAGGCUGUCUGCAGUGCUUCUGUAUGGGCGUCACCAAGCAGUGUGCCAGCUCCACCUGGAGCCGAGACCAGGUCCGUGGAGGUGUGAAUGGGCAGCUGUUCUCCCUCUCCAACAGUGCUAACUCCAGGACUAUCACAGACGGUAUCACCCAGAAAGGCUCCUCAGAGGUGGCAUACCGCUCCUUCUCUGACAUCCCCAAGGACAUCUACUACUGGGUCCUACCAGACAGCUUCAGAGGAGACAAGGUGACAGCCUAUGGCGGAGAGCUGCGCUACACUGUGCGCUAUGAGCCCCGGCAACGCUCCCUGGUAUACGGACAGCCGGAUGUGGUUCUCCAAGGCAACAGCAUCUUCCUGGAACACUUCUCCCAGACAAAGCCCCUCCCCCGCGCACCUACCACAGUCACUGUCACCUUCAGAGAGUGUCUGCAUGGAGGCGUGCUGAUGGACAGCCCUGUACUCGAGUGUGAUGUGGGCUACACCCGUACAGGCUCUGGGCUCUACCUGGGUACCUGUGAGAGGUGCGACUGUAACGGCCACGCCAGCGCAAUGCCUUCACAACACGGCCGGCCAAGGUGCGAGCGCUGUUUGCCAGGUUUCUACGGCAACCCUGUGACGGAUGGCCCAGGCCUGUCAGCCCUGCCCCUGCCCUGGCACUUCCCCCAGCAACCAGCUAUACUGUCUCUGAUAGAAGACUCUGUCUUCCUGCAGGUAUUUCAGUCUUGCUACAAGGACGUGGAUGGUCAGCCCACUUGUGAUAACUGUCCCCAUGGCUUCACUGGCCGGCGCUGCGAAAGAUGUGCUGCUGGGUACACAGGCAACCCCCAGCUCGGCCAGAGGUGUAGUGUUGGCAACAAUGACCUGAAUGGUAACUGCUAUAACUGUGACCAGAGAGGAAGUGAAGGAUGCAAUGGAAAUGGUGUGUGUCGCUGCAAGAUGAACAUUGAGGGACCUGCCUGCUCCAACUGUAAGCAGGGAACCUUUCACAUCAGCACAGACAACAAAGAUGGCUGCCUGUCCUGCUUCUGCAUGGGCGUCACACAGCAGUGCUCCAGCUCCUCCCACUACAGAGACCAGGUGUCAUCUGUCUUUGUCCCUGGCAACUUCCAGGGCUUUGCUUUGGUCAACCGGCAGCGCACCAACCGUAUCUCCACCGGCUUCACUGUGGAAGUGUCCACCGAUGGCACACAGCUCUCCUAUAGCAACUUUGACUACCUAGGCCAGGAGCCCCACUACUGGCAGCUGCCUGGGGUCUACCAGGGGGACAAGGUGAGCUCCUACGGCGGUAAGCUGAAGUACACCAUCUCCUACGUAGCAGGACAGAGAGGAACAGCCAUCGAGGACCCUGACAUUCAGAUUAUUGGAAAUGACAUCACGCUGGUGGCUCGUCAGCCAUGGCAGAGGGGACAGGGGACAAGAGAGUCCCGCCAGUUUGAGGUCGUCUUCAGAGAGGAGAACUGGCGUCGUCCAGACGGCAUGCCUGCCACUCGGGAGCACCUGAUGAUGGUGCUGGCUGACCUGGAUGACAUCCUGGUGCGGGCCUCCUACUACACAGAGAUGAGGUCCUCCAGCAUCUCCGAGGUCAGCAUGGAGGUGGCCGUGCCCAACUACAGCGGCCUGGCUCAGGCUCUAGAGGUGGAGCAGUGCCGCUGCCCGACUGCCUACCAGGGACUCUCCUGUCAGGACUGUGCUCCUGGCUACACCAGAACCGGAGGUGGCCUGUACCUGGGCCACUGUGAGCUGUGUGAGUGCAACGGGCACUCUGACUCCUGCCACCCAGAGACUGGCAUCUGCACGAGCUGCCUCCACAACACCCAGGGAGAGCUGUGUGAGCAGUGUGCCCCGGGCUUCUUUGGGGACCCCACCGCUGGAACCCCAGAGGACUGCCAGCCCUGUGCCUGCCCCCACACAGACCCUGACAACCAGUUCUCCCCUACCUGUGAAAGCCUGGGUAACGGUGGUUAUCAGUGCACUGCCUGCCAGCCUGGAUACACUGGCCAGUACUGUGAACGCUGUGCACCUGGAUAUGUUGGAAAUCCACAGGACAGGAUUAAGUGUCGUCCAUUCAACACAGUGGCAGCCUCUCUGGUGGUGAAGGUGUACCCUGAGAGGGUGUUGGUGGCCCAGGGCAGCCCUGUGACCCUGCGGUGCCAGGUGACCGGCUCUCCACCCCACUACUACUACUGGUCCAGGGAGGACGGAAGGCCCGUCACCAACAGCGCCGACAGACGCGGACAAGGAGAGGAGCUGCAUAUCCCCAGUGUUCAACCCAGUGACGCAGGCAUCUACAUCUGUACCUGCAGAGACCAGCGCAACACCAACAGGAGCCGCGCUGAGAUCGUCGUCACAACUGUCUUAUCCAAACCCAUUGAAGUGACCAUUGAGGAGCCCAAAGCACAUAGCGUCACAGUUGGAGCAACAGUCAGCUUCAUCUGCACAGCCAAGAGCAAGUCUCCAGCCUACACCCUGGUGUGGACCCGGCGGGGUAACGGCAAGCUGCCCAACAGAGCCAUGGACUUCAACGGCAUCCUGACCAUCCAGAACGUCCAGCCUGAGGACGCUGGCAUCUACGUGUGUACAGGCUCUAACAUGUUUGCCAUGGACGAGGGCACUGCCGUCCUCUACGUGCCAGAGGCCUCACAGACUCCGACGUUUUACACAGCCUAUGAAAUGUUUGAAGGACAUAGAAAGCCUGCCGAGGGGGCCGAGCCAGUGGCUACCGCCACUCCACCUGUCCUGACCAUCCAGCAAGGAGGCCGCGCUGAGUUCCACUGUACUGUGACUGGCAACCCUACCCCUGCCAUCGAGUGGAUAGGUGGAGGUCCUGGUAACAGAAUGAGCCCCAAUGCUGUGGUCCGUGGAGGAGUACUAACCAUCCCUGCUGUGGAGAGGGGGGAUGAGGGGGAGUACGUCUGCAAGGCUCUCAACACCCACGGAGAACACACAGCACGGGCUGUCCUCUACGUACACAGUGCCAGCCUGCCCCACGUGCAGGUGAGCCCCCAGAGAGUGGACAUCCAUGAGGGGGAGACGCUGAGGCUGUACUGCAGGGCUGGAGGCACGCCCAGCCCCGGACUCACCUGGAAGAAACAGGGAGGACAACUUCCUCCGCAGGCCAUUCCUUCUCACGGUUUCCAUCAGUUUAAAAGCAACAGUCUCGAUGUGUUACAGAGACGUAUUGAGGAGCUGCAGACCCGUAUGGAGCGUACAGACAUUGGCACCCUUCUCAUCCCCAACAUCAAGUCCUCUGACUCUGGCACCUACCUGUGUGUCGGAACCAACUCCAUAGGAUCCUCAGAGGCUCGCAUCGAGGUCACCGUCAAUAGAGCAAUAGGAGGAGACACCAUCUCGUCAGCCAUCACCAUCCAGCCCUCCAUAGCUGACGUCCAGGAGGGACAGUCUCUGGACCUUAACUGUUAUGUCCCUGGUAACCCCCCACCUGCUGUCACCUGGAGGAGGUCUAGUGGACGCCUGUCUGCCAAUCACCAGGUUCUGGGUACCCAGCUGCGUAUCCUCUCUGCCAGCCCAGAUGACUCUGGGGAGUAUAUCUGUCGUGUGGAGGCAAGGCCUGGUACUCCUGUCCGUCAGACCUCAGUCUCUGUCUCAGUCACAGCCACCUCCUCUCGCCUGCAGACCCCUAUCAUCUCCAUUGAGCCCCACAGUGCAGCGGUGCGAAAGGGAGAGUCAGCUAGCUUCAAGUGUAGGGUCUACAGUGGAGCCCAGCCCGUUCGCCUGGAGUGGAAACUGUCCAACAACCAGCCCCUUCCUGACAAUGUGAAGAUUGACCAUUACGGCUCUGUCCUCAUCAUCACUGAUGCCCGCCCUAGCAACCAGGGCACCUACCGCUGUGUGGCUAGCAACUUGUUUGGAAUCACCCAGAGCAUGGUCUCUCUGAUUGUCAGAGAGUCUCCCGUAGCGACUGUCACCCCUCAGGGGCCCGUGCGAGUCAAGGUGGGUGAACCCAUCAACCUGGAGUGCCAGGCCUCCGGGGAACCACGGCCAUCUGUCACAUGGCACAGGCUGGACAACGCCCGCAAGACCAUGCUGAGUAGCCCUGUGCCCAUGGAGUCCAACGCUGUCAUGCAGGUCCUAGUGGCCCGUCCAGAAGACAGUGGCAACUACGUGUGCACGGCCCGCAACAACGAGGGAACCACCGAGACCAGGGUGGAAGUGAUCGUGGAAGGGGGUGCCCAGGUGCCCACCUCGCCCCGUGCCUCUGUGCCAGAACCCCUUAUGGUGGUGGUGGAGGGACAGACCACCACACUGAGAUGUGACGCUCACGGAUUCCCCGCCCCUAAGAUCACAUGGUCUAAGCUGCGUGCCCCUCUUCCCUGGAGACAUAAGGUAGUGGACAACACCCUAGUCCUGCCCAGUGUUGGCCGGGCAGACUCUGGAGAGUACAUCUGUAAUGCCACCAACAACAUGGGCACCACAGAGGUCACCAUCAUGCUGGAUGUGGAGACUCCUCCCUAUGCCACCUCCCUGCCCGACGACGUGGCAGUGCGUGUGGGCGAGGUGAUCCGACUGCAGUGCCUGGCCCAUGGUACUCCCCCGCUGCUCUUCCAGUGGACCAAGCUAAACGGCAGCCUGUCCACCAGGGCUGACGUCCAAGCAGGAGACCUCCAGAUCAACCUGGCCACAGCCGAGGACGCUGGCACUUACAAGUGUGUCGCCACCAACAAAGUGGGCACCAGUGAAGCACAUGCCAAGGUUACAGUCAGAUCGCCUCUAGCGGUGCGUGUGUCUCCUCAGGUGGAGGUGAAGGCCGAGGGCAGUGCUGUGGAGUUCACCUGCUCUGCUGCAGGAGGCCUGGGGACCACCAUGGAGUGGCUGAAGGAGGGAGGAGCCCUGCCCCCCAACCAUCACAUCAAAGACGGAGUGCUGAGGAUUGAGAACCUGGAUCAGAGCAAUGAGGGCGUCUACAUCUGCAGAGCCACCAGUGUUCAUGGCCAGGCUCAGGAUACCGCCAAGCUCACCAUCCAAGCCCUUCCCAAGGUAAUGAUCAACGUGCGUACCUCAGUGCAGACUGUUAUGGUUGGUAACUCGGUGGAGUUUGAGUGCCAGGCCAUCGGCGAGCCCCAGCCCACGGUGCGCUGGAGCAAGGUGGGAGGGCUGCUACCGGCACACAUUGUGGUGAAGGGAGGCAUGCUUAAGAUCGAACAGGUGACAGACGCUGACGCUGGACAGUACCGCUGCACUGCCACCAAUGAUGUGGGCUCUGUGCAGUCCCAGGUGGUCCUCAAUGUCCAGUCCCUACCCCAGAUCGCAGCUCUGCCAGAGCUGAAGGAAGUGACAGUGGGAUCUGAUGCUGUCCUGCCCUGUGUGGCAUCAGGAUAUCCAGUGCCUGCCAUCAAAUGGUCCAAGCUGGAUGGGGAGCUUCCUCCUAAGUGUUUACAGGUAGUCAACACCUUGACGGUUCCUGGAUUGACCCACGAGGAUUCUGGGACAUACGUGUGCACUGCCUCCAACAAGCAGGGAAAAGUGGAGGCCUUCACCACCCUCAAAGUCCAUGAUCGAGUGAUGCCCCAUUUCACCCAGGAGCCCCUGUCCUAUCUCACUCUGCCCACCAUCAAGAACGCCUACAAGUCCUUCAGCAUCAAGAUCAGCUUCAGGCCAGACAAUCCUGAUGGUAUGAUCAUCUAUAACGGACAGAAGAGGACCAUGGGAGCAGACUUCAUCUCUUUGGGGCUGGUGGGAGGCAGGCCUGAGUUCAGGUUUGACGUGGGUUCUGGCAUGGCCACCAUCCGCUACCCCACACCCAUCAAACUAGGAGAGUUCCAUACCAUAGAACUCCACCGCAACCAGACACAGGGCUCCAUCAUAGUGGACAGAGAGGCUCCAGUCAACGGAAGCUCACAGGGCAAGUUCCAGGGGCUGGAUCUGAAUGAGGAGUUGUAUGUGGGUGGUUACCCUAACUACACCCUCCUGGCCAAGACCGCUAGCCUCAAGACUGGCUUCAUUGGCUGCAUCCGUAAGCUGGUCAUCCAAGGUGAUGAGGUCAUCUUCAAGGAUCUGGACCGCAGCUCUACGGGCGUGUCCAACUGUCCUGUCUGCACUGACCGUCCCUGUCAGAAUGGAGGGAUAUGCCAGGACUCUGAUGCCAGUCUGUACAAGUGUAGCUGUCCCAGAGGAUUCACAGGGAGUAACUGCCAGCACCACUCCUCCCUGCACUGCCACCCAGAGGCUUGUGGACCAGACGCCACCUGCAUCAACCGUCAGAACACCCUGGGCUACGACUGCCGAUGCCACUUGGGGAAGUCUGGAAACAAGUGCAUGGAUGGUGAAUUGGUGACUACUCCCCUGUUUGACGGUAUGGACUCGUACAUUGCAUACCCUCCUCUGACCAACAUCCACAACGACCUGCACAUCGAGAUGGAGUUCAAACCCAUGGCUCUGGUCGGUCUGAUGUUCUUCAGUGUGGGCAAGAAGAUGAAGACGGAGGAUUUUGUUUCCCUAGAGAUUGUGGAUGGACACGUGCAGUUCCGCUAUGAACUGGGGACUGGCCAAGCUGUCCUGCGCAGUCCUGAGCCGGUCACCCUGGGCCAGUGGCACCGCUUGGAAGCCGGGCGCCUCGACAAGGACGGCUCUCUGAAGAUUGACGGUGGCCGUGAGGUCAGGAGGUCGUCGCCAGGCAAGGCCCAGGGCCUGAAUAUCCACACCCCCAUGUACCUAGGAGGAGUCCCCAACAUUGAUAUCAUACCCAAGGCCCUUAACAACAGUGUUCUGUACAAGGGAUGCAUAGGAGAGGUGUCCAUCAACGGUAAGAAGGUGGACCUGUCCUACAGCUUCACAAACAGCAUGGCCAUCAUCCAGUGUAAGGACAACAGUCCCUGUGACCGCAACCCCUGUCUAAACGGGGCCAGCUGCAUGCCGAGCGCCGAGUAUGAGUACCAGUGUCUAUGCAAGGACGGCUUCGAGGGUGAGCGAUGUGAGGUGUUGAAGGAUACCUGCCAGAGCAGUGACCAGUGCCAGAACGGAGGCAGCUGUGUCAACAGCCAGUGUGUGUGUCCUGUAGGCUUCAAUGGCCCCGUCUGUGGAGAGAGCCAGGUCUCCAGCUUCGCCGAUGCCCUGUGGAAUUUGGAGGGUAGCGGGGGGAAUGAUGCCCCCAUUGAGUAUGCAGUUAAAUUUUAUGACAACGGUUACCUUUCUCUUCCCAAGACUAUCUUCCCCAGAAGUGGCCCUGACACUCCAGAGACCAUUGAGCUGGAAAUCAAGGUCAACACCAACUCCAAAGAGGGCCUGAUCCUGUGGCAGGGAGUGGAGUCAGUUAAUGGCGCUAGCCAUUUUCGCAAGAUGCAUGCUAGUAAAAAGGUAUCCACCUCACCAAAACACCUGGAACUUGGAGAUCAAGGCAAGGGCAAGGACUUUAUCAGUCUUGGUCUGCAAAACGGACACUUAGUCUUCAGCUACCAGCUGGGCAGUGGUGAGUCUCAGAUCCAGUCCAGAGAGCCCAUCAACGAUGGCAGAUGGCACAAGGUCACUGCUGUGAGAACUGGUAAACAGGGAUAUAUUCAGAUAGACGGAGGACCCAUUCGACAAGGACAAUCACAAGGCAAAAGCAUCAUGGUGAACACCAAAGGCAACGUAUACCUGGGUGGCGCCCCGGACAUAUCUGCGAUGACGGGAGGGAAGUUCUCCUCGGGGCUCGAAGGCUGUGUGAGGAACCUGUCUCUGAUGAACGCCCGGCCGGGAGAUCAGCCAGCCAGACCCAUCGAGCUGCAGGCCACCGCAGAGAAUGGCAUCAACGUGGGCCGUUGCUCCUCAUAGACCUACAGCACCUCCCCCCCACAAACACACACACACACACAGUCACACACACACACACACACACACAC